AAUACUAUAUAUAUAAUUGUUGUGAUAUAGAACGACAACACUAUAAUUUUCCUCGAAUCAUUCACUCUUUAGUGAUGAAUUCGGGUAAUGGAGAUGUGGUUCACCACCCUAGUGAUAAUGGAAACCAAAAAAAUGUGUUUAAGAUCUUUGUCGGAUACGAUACCCGUGAAGAUCUUGCUUAUGAGGUUUGUAAGCGCUCGAUCUUGAAACGAGCUUCAAUUCCUGUUGAAGUAAUUCCUAUUAAGCAAUCAGAUCUAAGGAGCGACGGUUUAUACUGGCGCGAAAGAGGUGCGACUGAAAGCACAGAAUUCUCGUUCUCUCGUUUCUUAACACCGUAUCUCGCAAAUUAUCAAGGAUGGGCGAUGUUUGUCGACUGUGAUGUUCUAUAUACUGCCGAUAUUAAAGAACUAACUGAGCUUAUCGAUGAUAGGUACGCGCUUAUGUGUGUGCAACAUGAUUAUACCCCAAAGGAAAGUAGUAAAAUGGAUGGAGCUGCUCAAACUGUAUACCCAAGAAAGAACUGGUCUUCAAUGGUUUUGUAUAAUUGUGGUCAUCCAAAAAAUAAGAUUUUGACGCCCGAAUUAGUGAAUACCCAAACAGGUGCUUUUCUUCAUCGCUUCACGUGGCUUGAAGAUAAUGAAAUUGGAUCGCUCCCUUUUAUUUGGAAUUUUCUCGUGGGUCAUAAUGAGGUCGAUGAGAAUGAUCCUUCCACACAACCAAAAGCUAUACAUUAUACUACUGGUGGACCUUGGUUUGAGACGUGCAAGAAUUGCGAAUUUGCGGAUCUUUGGUUGACUGAAAUGGAAGCCUAUUACAAGGAAACAAACCAAGUUUGAAAUAUCAAGGCUGCAGUUCCACUUCUGUAUGUUGGCAAAGGCGAUCGUGUUCUUGUGUUCUAAUCCCGUUUUAUAUUAGAUUGAAUCAAGGACGGAUCCAUGAAAGAUAAAUUUGCUUUUAAAGUCCGGGCUAGAAGUUUUGAUCGAGCAUAUCUUUUUUUUUUUUGGCUUAUGGAUUGGGAAGGUUACCCGAGCUAAAGCCCCCUUUAACCCAGUUAUAGGUCCGUCGGUGGAUUGAAUAAAUGUGUGUCUAGGACUCCAAAUUUUAUCUAC